UGAGUUUGAAGUCAGUCGACAGCUGAACGUUGUACGCAACAGACUGUAUAAACUCUCCGUUGAGUUAAAAACCAAGAACCAAAGUGCCUCUUGAUCUUUUCCUUCUUGCAUACAUGUCAGCUGCUGAUAUUUGAUCUGCCCAAGUGAAAGUAAAACUUUUUUUUUAAUUUCCUCCCGAAUCCUCGGAAAGACUUUCGCUUUCCCUUGGUUGUCUAUUUAGUAUCGAUCAAAAGUAAAUAGUGUCAAUUUUGUCUGUGAAUGACUUUGGAUUUAUAAUAAAAGUUUGAGUGUUGUAAUUAAUUUUAGUUAAUUGAGUGUUGACAGUGAUUUUCAAGUUACAAGGAAGGAAUAGAGAGAUCCAGAAGAACUAACUGUCGUCAAGGCGACGAUAAAAGCUUGGAAUUUUUAUGCCCCAGGGUUAAAAAUACAACACGCCCGCAUGCACAGUUUUUCUCUCUGGAAAAAAAAGAAUCAGAAAUCACUUGGCUGUUGAGAGUUUUGUAAUCGACCGGAAAGAGGACACGAUCAAAUAUCGCUCUUGUUGAAAAUAAAAAGAGUCGAAAAUCUUAAUGAUAAAAAUAUCGCAAGAGUGAGCUGUUUGUAGAAAGAAUUAGGUCUUCGUCAAGGACAAGAGUAUUCGAGAGUCUUGAAGUGAUCUAAGUGAAUUAGUUUUUUUUCUACAAUUUUUUGUUGCAAUAUAUUAAUUUUUGCGGCGCAUUUGGUUCCGGUUUGGAUUAUCGAUCCUUGGCCUUGCACGUGUUUCUGGCGGAGCGAUUCACGUAAACUAUCUCUAGAUCUUCGAGGAGCAGACAUACGAAGGUCAUGUAACAGGGUCCGUCCGUUAGUGGAAAAUGUGUCAGUAGGAUAGACACGAUCCCGUUUUCUUCGACUCUCACUAAACUAACAUAGCAUUAAAUUUCUGUUUAUCAACUUUCUGCGAACUGUCAAAAUAAUUAUUUGUCGAUCUAUUUCGUUUCUUGUGUUUCUGGAAAUAUUCAAGCAAAACACUGCUUGCUACUAAUGAUUUCUGUUGUUUGUAAGAACGAAAAAAAGAAAAAAAAACUUAUCGCAUUGCCAGAACGUAGCCAUUGACCGCAUUGCGUCAGAAGCUGAGUGAUCGCAAUAGUUGAUCAUAUAAUUAAUCAUCGUUCUGCAAUUGUGGAAGAAGUUCUUUGAUUGUAAAUUAAGAAGAGAGUUUCUCUUCAAGGUUCUUUAUCUUCAAAUGGUGUUUCAGUGAAGUUUCGUUAUGAGAAUUGGAAAAUUUAAAUCGAAAUUAUUUAAAAAAAUGCUUCGUGUGUCAUCUUGAUCUUUGGUGAACUUGAUCUUAAGGAUCAAUAAUAAGAGGAAGAGAAAAAAGAAGAAGAAGAAGAAGAGGAGGAAGAAGGAAAUAAUCGUGUACGAUUUGAGUGUUUAAACUUAUCCAGAAUGAAAAAUCCGGAGCACGAGAGUGGCUAUUUUGAGGAUGGCAGCGACGUGGAAAUCGCCUCUGAAGAACAUCCAACUGGGGAGGAGAAGAAAUGGUGCUCUGAAUCCUACGGUCUCACCAAAGCCAUCAAUGAAUUGGAUGUUCGAGAUUCACCCGCAUCUCCGGAUCCGGUUGUCGAGGAGCAUCAGUGCAAUAAAGUCAACUUGGCAGAUAGUGGGAAAAGAGUCGACAUGACGCAUUUUGAUCUGCUUAAAGUUCUAGGAACGGGAGCCUAUGGAAAAGUAUUUCUUGUUAGAAAACGAAUUGGUACAGACGCUGGACGUUUGUAUGCAAUGAAAGUUUUGAAAAAAGCAUCCAUCGUCCAGAAAAAGAAGACGACGGAACAUACAAAGACUGAGAGACAAGUUUUGGAAGCUGUUCGAGAUAGUCCCUUUUUAGUUACUCUUCACUAUGCCUUUCAAACAGACGCAAAACUUCACCUUAUUUUAGAUUAUGUGAGUGGUGGUGAAUUAUUCACGCAUCUUUAUCAGAGGGAACAUUUUGCCGAAGAUGAAGUUCGAAUUUAUAUAGGAGAAAUUAUAUUAGCACUGGAACAUUUGCACAAGUUGGGAAUCAUAUACAGGGAUAUCAAAUUAGAAAAUAUUCUUCUGGACCACGAGGGUCAUAUUGUACUGACCGAUUUUGGGCUUAGUAAAGAAUUUUUACCUCACGAAAGAGAUAGUAAUGCAAGAGCUUAUUCGUUUUGCGGAACAAUCGAAUAUAUGGCGCCCGAGGUUGUGAGAGGAGGUUCUGCAGGCCACGAUAUUGCCGUUGAUUGGUGGAGCGUCGGCGUUCUUACUUAUGAAUUACUAACUGGUGCCUCUCCAUUUACGGUCGAAGGUGAAAAGAAUACUCAACAAGAAAUAUCGAGGCGGAUAUUAAAAACUGAACCUCCAAUUCCAAGUCAUUUGAAUCCAACGGUGAGGAAUUUUAUUACAAGACUCCUGGUGAAGGAUCCACGACAGAGAUUGGGUGGAGGGCCAAGAGACGCGAAGGAACUUAAGGAACAUGCCUUCUUUAAGAAAGCACCGCCACCAUUUAGUUGGGAAGCUCUUGAAAAUAGAACGAUCACUCCACCUUUCGUGCCUCGAAUUACUCAUGAACUGGAUACAAGUAAUUUUUCCGAUGAAUUUACAAAAAUGGUCGCUGCUGAUAGUCCCGCUGUUGUACCACCUAAUUACGAUAAAGUUUUUCGAGGUUACUCUUACGUUGCGCCUUCGAUACUUUUUAGUGACAAUGUAAUGAGUGAUGAGAUUUUUAAGGAAGCAUCUAGGGAGAGUUUAGAUAAUCAACGACCAACGCCGUCUGAUAUUUUAGCAGCGUGUUUCGAGGAAUCUAGUUUUUUCAAAACCUACGAAUUGGAUCCACGUGAGGGUGCACUUGGCGAUGGGAGUUUUUCCAUUUGCCGAAAAUGUCGACAUCGUCAGACAAAGCAGGAGUACGCUGUUAAAAUUGUCAGUCGACGUGUCUAUACGGAAAAGGAGGCAUCUUUAUUGAGAACGUGUCAAGGUCAUCCGAAUAUUGUGAAAUUGAUUGAAGUUCAUCAAGAUAGAGCGCACACGUACCUAGUCAUGGAAUUGUUGUCGGGUGGUGAACUUUUUAAACGAAAGCGACCAUUCACCGAGCAGCAAGCCUGUAAAAUUGCUCGACAACUCGCCUCGGCUGUGAAAUUUAUACACUCACGAGGUGUUGUUCAUCGUGAUUUGAAACCAGAGAACUUAAUUUUCUCCCAUUCUGGUGAUGAUGCGUCGAUUAAGAUUGUUGACUUUGGUUUGGCACAAUUGAAACGAGGUUGUGAACCAUUACACACGCCUUGUUUUACACUUCCUUAUGCUGCUCCUGAGGUUCUCGCGAGGCAGGGCUACGAUGAAAGCUGUGAUCUUUGGAGUUUAGGUGCUGUUUUGUAUUCAAUUUUGUCCGGUAAGCCGCCAUUUCCGCUGGCGUCCUCAGAUCUUGCUUCGAGAAUUAAAUCAGGUGAAAUUAACUUCGAUGGGGAUGAUCUCAAUCACGUGUCUGAAACUGGCAAACAAGUGAUGAAAGGCCUGUUAACAACAGAACCGAGUCAACGAUUAUCAGCGUCGGCUCUCGUUUUUCAUCCAUGGCUGGCAGGUCAAAAUUCCAGUUUCGAUGCAUCCAGUUUGGAGCCAACGUCGAAUAGUAGCUCAAUUGAUAAGCCAGAGGGUGGUUUCCGUUUACGUGAGGUCGACGGCGCUAAACUCGCUCAACGUCGAAAAUUACAUAAACGCUCGACUUCCAGCUCCGUGUCUUCGACUGCAUCAACAACAUCAAGGUCUUCCACCAUCUCCUAUCAGCAUCUUCAACCUCCAAGUGCCACAACAACAGUCACGACAAAAUCCUCAUCGCCCGCUCAACCAAAUGCAUUUGAUUUUCGUGACGAAAAAGUCAGUGAAUAUCUCAGUUCACUUUCCUCCUCGUCCGAUUCAAAUUCACCUGGAAAUUAUCGACACGAAAUGAGAGACGAGCCAAAAGUAAAGAGACGUAAACGCGACAUGGAUGUGAUUUGUGAUGAUAUUAAAGAAUCAACCGGUCCUGUUACAAGAGCAAGAAAACGUAAAUUAGAACAAAGUGAAUCAGACAGUUCGGCUGAAUCAUCGCCCGAGGUAGUGCGACAUUGUAAAAAGGACGUGAAUAUUCAUCGUAAACAAAAAUCGGGAAAACGGCCCAAACGCCUUGCCACUAUAAUAGUCGAAUAAAUUUUUUCACACUGCCUCUCUCGCAGCAAUAUUUCAUCUAGUUUGCUAUGCAUUUUUUCAGUGACGUAAAUUAACUGUUGCCUUUGGAGUUCGUGCGAGUCACGGAUAUUGCAUCAUUCCUAUCUCAAUAAUUAUAUUUGUAUAUUAUUAUUAAAUUAUUAUAGAAAAUAAGAAUAAAAUAUUACAUUGUACAGAUUCUAUGUAUAUUAUCAAUUAAUCUUUAUAUAAGAAAAUGUUCGAAAUCUUAUGAUAAAAAUUUAUUCGUUAUACUAAUACUGUAUUACUCCAGCUUACCAUUUUUUAUUGUGAUAAAAAUCAGUGAAUGAAAUCUAGCCAAUUUUUUACUAUCAACGUUAAUGAGAUGAUAUUUUUAAUGUUUCAAAUGAGUAAUACAUUUUUAAUUGUGCACAAAAAAAAACAACAACAUAAUGCCUACAAUGCUUUGUAAGGGAGAGGGAAAAAUAGUAGUCUAUUAAACUACCAGACAAUAUAUAUUUUUUUUCUUCUUUUUUUCUUAGUUUGGUGAAAGUAUUCUAUUUGAAAGAACAAUUUUUUUCUUUCAAAAUAAUUAACUAAAAUAAUUUUUUUUUUCUUGAAAGACUAUGUAUUUAUUGUGUUAUCUAGGAAAUUUAUUGUCACACAAUUGUACAUACUUUGUGGGGGGGAAAAAAAAAUUGUGAUCUUGUUUUUCAUCGUUGAAUUAUAUACAUAAAUAUAUUUGGGCAUGAAAAAUGUAGUAUUGAAGAGAAUGCCUUUUGUUAAAAAAAUUUUUUGAAACUCGAUUUCGGCGUGUUUAGUGCUAAUUUAAAAGCAAAAGAAAACACAAGGUAAAGACUGAAAAGGUUGUUUAUCAACUCAGGGAACAGUCAUGCUUACAUGAAUGGUCUUGCGUUGUCAAUAUUUGAGAUAAAGGUGUUGUUGCCCGUACAUCUCCUACCAAAGAUGACUAAAAGCAGCACUGCGUUGUGAGACCAAAAAAAAGCAACAAAAUAAAAAAAAAAGUGAAUCCUAUAAAUAGACCAGAAACGAAAACUAUGUACAUUAAUAAUUUUUUUAAAUGUAAUUUCAAUCCAUAAUCGUUAAUACAUAUAGAUAUUUAAAGAGGAAAAAAAGAGGUACAUAUAUAUUAUAUUUAAAUAAAUAGAAGAAGCAAAGAUUAUUCUUGUGAUAAGUUAUCAUCAAAUUGAAGAUUAUUCUUGAAUGAAAAUAUCUUUCACGAAUGGUAUAUGAAUAACAUAAAAAUAUAGAGCUAUAUUUUUAUUUAGAAAAAAAUAUUAAUUGAAAUAAUGUUAAUAAAAUUCAUGUAUUGGUUACCCGUCUGAGUGGAUAACAAUUUCUCUAGUGAUACAUCAUUGUUAAAAUUAUCAUUUUAAAAUAUAUAUUACAUAUUAUAUAUAUAUAUAUUCAUAUAUGUGCAGAAAUCAACUGGCGUAUAUAGAAAGUUAAUUAAGUUUCUUUUUUGUUACUAUUUGUAGGUACAAAAAAAAUAUAAAUGAUUGUUGAAUAUAUCAUUAUGAUGUAUAAUUGUUAUCACUUUCUUUUCUUCCUCAUUUUUUAAAAAAUACAAAUUUGUAUAUCUUGUCGUCAGUUUGGAAAAUACUAUAAUGUAUGUAAGAAAUAAAAUUAUUUUUCCUUCUCAA